UCAACGACGAGCAACAUGACGACUUACACAGACAAAGGAGAAAAGCAUGAGCAGGGCAGGUUCCUCUGCUUCGAUCACAUAACCUUCUGGGUUGGAAAUGCAAAGCAGGCUGCAUCAUAUUACUGCAACAAGCUGGGAUUCGAGCCCUUGGCUUACCGAGGUUUGGAGACAGGCAGCCGUGAGGUGGUGUCCCACGCAGUCAAACAGGGGAAGAUCAUUUAUGUGUUUUCAUCUGCUCUCAAUCCUGACAACAAAGAGAUGGGUGAUCAUUUGGUGAAGCAUGGAGAUGGAGUAAAGGACAUUGCGUUUACAGUGGAAGACUGUGACUUCCUGGUUCAGAAAGCCCGGGAGCGAGGGGCUGUUAUCAUGAAGGAGCCUCACACUCUGGAGGACAAGUGGGGGAAAGUCAGAGUAGCUGUGCUUCAAACGUAUGGCGACACCACACACACAUUUGUGGAGAGGACGGGCUACACCGGGCUGUUCCUACCUGGUUUUCACACCACUCUGUUCAAGGACCCUUUUCUGGCCAAGCUACCUGCAGGAAAGCUGGACUUCAUCGAUCACGUUGUGGGGAACCAACCGGAUGAUGAGAUGGUUCCAGUUGUAGAAUGGUACCGCAAGAACCUUCUCUUCCAUCGCUUCUGGUCCGUGGACGACAAACAGCUGCAGACUGACUUCAGUGCCCUGCGCUCCAUCGUCGUGGCAAACCAUGAGGAGACGGUGAAGAUGCCCAUCAAUGAGCCUGCAAUGGGAAAGAGGAAGUCCCAGAUUCAGGAAUAUGUGGAGUACUACGGAGGAGCAGGGGUGCAGCAUAUUGCCAUGAACACAUCAGAUAUAAUAACAGCUAUCCGUAACCUGAAGGAGCGCGGCAUGGAGUUCAUGUCUGUGCCGGACACCUACUACGACCAGCUGAGGGAGAAGCUGAAACACGCAAAGAUCCAAAUAUCUGAGGACCUGGAUGUCCUGCAGGAGCUGAAGAUCUUGGUGGACUACGAUGACAAGGGCUAUUUACUGCAGAUCUUCACCAAGCCGGUCCAGGAUCGCCCCACUGUGUUCUUAGAGGUCAUCCAGAGACACAAUCACCAGGGUUUUGGUGCAGGAAACUUCAAGUCUCUUUUUGAAGCUAUUGAAGCGGAUCAGAACGCUAGAGGAAAUCUGACAGUUCUCACACCAAACGGAGAUUUAAAACAAAUGUGAACCUAACCGCAAAUAAAGUCUGCUCAAGUUCUCACACAUGCUACACCAGUACUUUAAACUAGUUACACAGUAAGAAAAUAUCAGUAAAUGUAAUUAUCUUUGUUUUUUCCUUGAACUUUUAUUUCUUUUAGUGUCACUUUACAGUUUUAUGAAUUCACAGAGAAAUUGUCACAAGUUAAAAGGCGUGGUUAUAAAAUAUUAACAGGGAAAACAUUCCAAGCUUGACUCAAGCAAAACCCAUUUAAAGCUCUCGUAAAUGAAAACAUAUCUGCAAUCAGGACAAAGAAGUCAAAAGACCUUUUCAUGUAGAGACAUUCUGCAAAAAGUCUGAAGGUCCAUUACUUUUCCUUUUGCUGAAAUAAAUACUUUGAAUGUG